CAAUACCUAAGUAUCUGUACUUUUGUUCACCAAAUCUUUCUGUUAAAUGAGACAAUGAGAAACAGCAGAUACAGCGGCAAAAUCAAAAUGCAGAUUAUUCAUACUCAAACCAUCGCUUCUCCUCUCACAAAUAUCUUCCUUAAUAGCACCACCUCAUCCACCCUAGCUUCUUCUCCUAAAAAGCCCUUCAAUUUCAGUCCUUUUCCAUCUAAGAAAAACCCCAAAUGGAAUGCUUCGGGUAGUAUUUUGAAGUCAAAUCAUGAGUUGCGAACCAAGAACCGCAUUGUGAUAUGCUCAGCUUCUGAACAACGAAGCUUUGGUUAUGACGCCAAACAGAAAAGAAAAGUAGUUGAACACGUGUGUUUGAUCAAAGGGAAGGAGGACUUAUCUGAAGAACAGGAGAAAGAUAUGCUGGAUUACCUGUAUACAACCCAAUAUCAAAUGCGUGGCAUUCUUUCCAUCUCACUAGGACGCAUCUCUGGUGGGAAUGAUGAUAAAUAUAGCCAUGCUACCUACAUGCGCUUUCAGACAAAGGAGGAUCUCUUGAAGUUCUAUGAGAACCAAUUCUACGUGGGAGUCCUUAGGGACCAUGUACUGCCUUACUGCCAUGAAAUUAUCAAUGCCGAUUUUGAGUCCGAAGUAGAAGAUGAUAUACUGCCAAUAUUUCGAAAAGGAGAGGAGUUCAACUAUGGCGUGGAGCUUGUACUUCUGAUAGCAUUUGUCAAGAGUUCUUUGGAUGGUCCUGCUGAAGAUGCUUUGCUUGCUCUGUCAAAGCUGAUAAUGGAGUUCCCAUCCUUAAUCGUUCAGGCUACUCUUGGUUCAAUUUUUAAUAUUUCCAGUGUGGAAUAUACUCAUGGUGUAGUAAUACGGUUUCGCUCUUCUGAAGCAUUCCAGAUGUUCAUGAACAGUUCAGAAUACAAUAAUAUGUGGAGAUCUAAAUUUCAGCCAAUCGUCCAAAAACAUCUCUCUGCUCAUUUUUCGGUUGAUCCAGUGGGCACAGAGCUUAUGUAGCAAAAUUUCAUCCCAUUACCUGAGUUACAUAUGAGGCGUUUAAACAUCCUAUUUUGGAUAUUGGCUGACUCUGGUGGCUUUGAAGAUUCCUUUAUUACAUUACAAUGCUCCCUUUUCCAGAGAGAACCAGCAGCAGACAUAUUGUAACAGGUACGAAACUAACAAUUGCCUCAUAUUGAGAUUGUCAUCCGUCUGGGAAUUCACCUCGAAAUGCUAAAAAUGAAAUGUUGGACUGCUUGAAGGACUUAUUAUUAGAAUCUUCUUAUGAUGUACUAUAGUAAGCAUUUGUAUCAUAUGUAUCCAAUGGAUCGAAAAGCCAGCUGGCUUCUCCACCAGUGAGGCUAUUAUUGCUUUUUUUGUUUGUUUAACCAGGCUUAGGAUAGAAAAUAAGGAAGAAAAAUGUACCUUAUUUGGCUGCUUUUGAGACUAGCUAGUUGACUUCUUUGCAUCAGCCGCAGUUUUUGAUUUGAAUGGACAUAUUUUAAUCAAAGUCGGUGAGUGAUCCCAAUUUGA